AUGCGUAUUAUACGCGAAAGAAGACAAAGACAAAGAAGAAGAGCUCGUCGAAGCGUUCUUCUUAAACUCGUUUGUUCUGUUCUUCUUCUCUCCUUUCCGUUCGUAUUCGUUCGAGAAGCGCACGCGUGGUCGUUCUUCAACACUAAAAAAGAUGAUUCGAAUUCCGCGGAGUUGGGGGAAAGAAUCGAAACGCAAUUCGAUCGAUUUCCCGAAGAAGUGUCCUCGAGUAAAAGUACUACUACUAAGAACAACAACGAGGAUGAUUUGAACGAAGAUGGCGAGGACGACGAAAGAAUGAACGCAAAAGAGAGACGGAAACAAGAGCGACGUGAGAAGAAACGAUUAAAAAAACUCGAACGUAAAGAAGAGAAGAAAAUGAAAGAAGAGAAACGAAAAGAGGAAGAGAAGAAAAUACGCGAAGGCGAAUCACCCGCCGGGUCGCUCCACGAAGCGAUCGACGACGACGAUUUCGACGAACUCGAAGACCUUCUCAAAUGGAAACCAAACUUGAAAGAAGCGUGUAAAAGGAUCGGGCAGACGAAAGAUUUUACGCCAAUCAUGAAAGCGGCACAUUUAGGCAGAGCGAAGAUGAUUGAUUUGUUGCUCGAUUACGGCGCCAAUCCGAACGAAAUCGAUUCGAUCGGGUACUCGGCCUUGAUGAGAGCGGUCAUGUCGAAAAAUUUAGAGAGUGUGAAAGUUUUAGUCGAAGCUGGGGCGAUAGUGACGUACGUUCAGAAGACAGCGAUGAUGGAUUUAGGGCUGAGUGCGAUUAAGUUAGCGCAGAUGACCGGGAGAAAGGACAUGGUGGACGUUUUGAAAGAAGCCGGCGCGAACCCAAACGAAGAUUUGUUCGAAAAGAGAGAAAAGAAAAAAGAACAGCUCUUGGAGGAGAUGGAACGAGAGGCGAAAGAAAAUGGAAUACAGUUCGACGGGAAAGUCACGGCAGAUAAGAUGAACGUGAAGAGAGGCGACGACGAUAUCGACAUUUUGAUUCAACACGACGGUAAAAACGAAACGGUCAAAGGGAGCGAAAACCUUCGCAAGUGGCGCGACGAGAAGAUGAAGGAAGAGAGAGAGAAGAAGAACAUGGAGAAAGCGAAAGAAGCCAUGUUCGGGAACGGAGAAGAAGAAGAAGAAGAAGAACCAGAGGUGGAAGAGAUGCCAGAGAAUACGUUUCCUCCGAAAGAAGAACUUUAG